CAUUAAAAAUAAAAAAAAUGCAAAAAAAAAUAAAAUAAAAUAAAUAAAUAAAUAAAAAACAAAGGGGUGUAUGAGCCAAGGGAUUAAGAACCCAUGCUCUCUGGAAGCUGCAGAAGGGGGGGUUGCUGGUGGGAUCAAUUGGAUUCUCCCCACCUGUGCGCCUGGAAAUACAUGCGUUCAGGGAGCAGUAUGAAUUCUGUGAGCUCAAGGAAGGGAGCUUCUGGCGGUGUCUCUCCUCGUGCAGCAAGCACACUGGGUGUAAGACGCGCAUACGUGCCCCGGCCUGCUCUGACCAUGCUGAACCGCCCUGGCCUCAGUGCCCAUUAUUAAUACUGAUGGAGCAUUGGGAACUUGGAAUCCGGUGAAACCCACCAGCCAGGUUAAGUGGGACAUAGUUAUUUUGACCCUGGAAUUGAAAUAGCCUGAGGCUGGUGUCCUGUAGCCUGGGGAUGCCAGGUGGGGGCCUGUGUGCUCUGAGGGCAGCAACUAGAGGGGCCUCCAGGGUGUGGGGGGGCAGGCGUCUCAAGCUGGACUGAGUUCAAAAUGGAAGUACAGGUUUUAAGUGCCGUAAAUUCCCCCUAAGUCUUAAAUAGGAGGGAUUUUAAACAUUUAGAAAUUUGAAGGAACACUUUGGUGGUCACGUGUUACUACUGUGUGUAACUGAGAGCAAGGUAGAAUGCCCUGGUCUGGGAACAGAUGUGCAAGGAGGAGGUACGGCCUUUAAGUUUCCCAUUCUCCAAGCGGGCAGACCCCCUGCCUCAUCCUCCCUAUCACCUCCUGCCAUUCUGCUCUCCUUUGUGGGCGGACCCCUCCCCCUCCCAUGUUCUCCUCCUUUUCGGAGCUGGGCAGCCUGUCCCUCGAAAGGGUUCCUCCUUCCCUUGCUCACCUACCCUGCGCUUGGCCACCGUGCACAGGAACAGCAGGCCUAGUGCUGCUCCGGAACUCUAGGCCUCCUACCCCCUGUGCCCUCCUCUGUGCCACGGACACACCCUCCUCUGCCUCUCCAGCCUCUCAGGAUAGUCUCUGUAUGCCACCAAUAAAACUGAGUUCAACAAAUACCGAGAGGGAGUCCGGCAGGUCCAGCCAAGACAGGAAUCAAAUGCAGGCCGGCAGGGGUGAGAGUACUGUGUUGAAGGUGUAGGGAGAGUGCAGCUGUGGACAGAGUGGGAGACUCAGGAAAGGAGAGAGGGUCCCGUGUUUGGGGGACGUGGGGGUUUUACUGAGGACAGUGGUUUGGUGUGCGUGCCCUCUUAGUCCUGGGGAACUGGUUUAGCUGAUGGUCCUUGGAGCCAGGGGGCCUUGGCUCAGUCUGGAAGUUCCUUAGACGUUGUCUAUUCUAAAGAAAGGAUUGUCUAUUCUAAAGAAAGGAUUAACUCCUAGUCCCUUACAAGGAGGACUUACACCAUUUGCAUGUGUAAAGUGGGGGUGCAGGUCCUAGCAAGAAUAGAAGCAGGAAAAGGAGCAAAAAGCAGAUUUUUACAGCCCUUCACGUUCUCUGUCUUAAUACCAAAUCGGUUUGGAGUAGUCGCGGCUUUAUCCAGGUAGUGUGGGACUGAGACCCUAUAAUCUGUUUGGCCCUCCGUGGUACUAGGUGCCAUUCGUCAUGUUCUACCCCUGCGCUGACCCUCUCUGACCACGUGUCUUCGCAGGGGUGGACCUCAUUGCUGCCUUCUACGGCUGCCUGUACUGCGGCUGUGUGCCUGUCACCGUGCGGCCCCCGCACCCCCAGAACCUCGCCACCACGCUGCCCACUGUCAAGAUGAUCGUGGAGGUCAGCAAGUCCGCUUGCGUCCUCACCACACAGGCCAUCAUGCGGCUGCUCAAGUCCAAAGACGCAGCGGCCGCCGUGGACGUCAGGACCUGGCCGACCAUCCUAGAUACAGAUGACAUACCAAAAAAGAAGGUGGUGAGCAUUUUCAGGCCCCCGUCUCCAGAUGUGCUUGCAUACUUGGACUUCAGCGUGUCAACUACGGGGAUCUUAGCAGGCGUGAAGAUGUCGCAUGCAGCCACAAGUGCCUUGUGCCGCUCCAUAAAGCUGCAGUGUGAGCUGUACCCCUCUAGGCAGAUCGCCAUCUGCCUUGACCCCUACUGUGGCCUCGGCUUUGCCCUGUGGUGUCUGUGCAGGUGAGUGCUGCAGGUGGUGCUCAGGUGAGUGUGGCAGGUGGUGCUCAGGUGAGUGCUGCGGGUGGUAAACAGGUGGUGAGCAGGUGAGUGCUGCAGGUGGUGCUCAGGUGAGUGCUGCAGGUGGUAAAUAGGUGGUGCUCAGGUGAGUGCUGCAGGUGGUGAGCAGGUGAGUGCUGCAGGUGGUGCUCAGGUGAGUGCAGCAGGUGGUAAACAGGUGGUGAGCAGGUGAGUGCUGCAGGUGGUAAACAGGUGGUG